UCCAGAAACACUAGUUCACAAUCAGUCCGGGGUUUGGAGCAUGCAGAACAUGCUGACGGUGAUUGCAAACGCGCUUAAAGGUGGUGCCAAAGUGAAUGGUGCCCAGACAGUGUCAGAGGGCUCCAGAGUGGUGGUAUCAUCACGUUCAUUUGCCGACUUCACACCUCAGGCUAACUUUGACAUAAAGAGGUGUGACCUUCAUCGUUUGGACGAAGGCCCAUCGGUGCAGACGGUGCUCACCAGAGAGGAUGGACUCAAGUACUAUCGCAUGAUGCAGACCAUGAGACGCAUGGAGCUGAAGGCAGAUCAGCUUUACAAGCAGAAGAUCAUACGAGGAUUCUGUCACCUGUAUGAUGGCCAGGAGGCUUGUGCUGUUGGCAUUGAGGCUGGUAUCAAGCCCACAGAUCACCUGAUCACAGCAUACAGGGCUCAUGGUUACACCUACACCAGAGGAGUGUCUGUGAAGGAGAUCAUGGCAGAGCUCACAGGCAGAAGGGGUGGUGUUGCUAAAGGCAAGGGCGGCUCUAUGCACAUGUAUGCCAAGAAUUUCUAUGGCGGUAAUGGUAUUGUUGGUGCCCAGGUUCCUCUCGGGGCAGGUGUGGCGCUGGCAUGUCAGUAUCAGGGGAAGAAUGAGAUUUGUGUCACUCUGUACGGAGAUGGAGCUGCCAAUCAGGGUCAGAUCUUCGAGUCGUUUAACAUGGCAGCUUUGUGGAAACUCCCCUGCAUUUUCAUUUGUGAGAAUAAUAAAUAUGGCAUGGGGACAUCAGUGGAACGAGCCUCUGCCAGCACAGACUACUACAAAAGAGGAGACUUCAUUCCUGGAUUGAGGGUUGAUGGUAUGGAUGUUCUUGGUGUCAGAGAAGCAACCAAGUUUGCAGCAGAUUAUUGCAGAUCUGGAAAGGGUCCCAUAUUAAUGGAGUUGCAGACAUAUCGUUAUCAUGGCCACAGCAUGAGCGAUCCUGGGGUCAGUUAUCGCACACGUGAGGAGAUCCAGGAAGUUCGCAGUAAGAGUGAUCCCAUCACAACGCUCAAAGACCGCAUGAUUAGCAGCAACAUGGCCAGUUUGGAGGAGAUCAAGGACAUUGAUGCAGAUAUCCGUAAGGAAGUGGAAGAAGCAGCACAGUUUGCCACCACUGAUCCAGAGCCGCCGCUGGAAGAUUUGUGCAACCACAUCUUCUACAAUGAUGCUCCAUUAGAGGUCAGAGGCACAAACCCCUGGACGAGACUCAAAUCCAUCAGUUGAAGAAUUAAUGCUAAUGAUACAGCUAUUCAUUCCUCUCAUAAUCCUAUAUGCACAAACAGAUGGAUAAUUUUGAUAUCCAUAAAAACGUAAUUACAUUCCUUUACAGCCGGUACUUUUAGCUUUGCAGACUGUUAUAUUUAUAUAUUUGGAAGCACAUAGUGUUGAAUGAUCAAUGUUUAAUUCCAAUAUUAGAAAAAUAGAUUAUUUUGAAAAUAGAUUUUAAUGAGCUCAGUCCUUGUCUCUAAAUGGAAUUCUUAGCAAUGAUUUAUAAACAGUUAUUUUUUAUCAUCAUAUUGCAAUAUGAUGCUCAAUAUGAAGUUUUGGAUACUGAAUUCAUUGGACUAUAUUUAGUUCUACAUUAAAUGAAUUGCUGUUUGUAACAAUACCGUCAUUAGAACCUAUGCUUACAGGAACAUUUACAGAAUGUUCUCUCAAUGUUAUGAAUAAACAUUACAGUAAUUGAACUUCAA